AUGGACAGCGUAACUCAACAUCACUCGAAGACUCAAAGUUCAACCAGAGACACAACAAUGGACGAACAUAGGCUCUUCAAGUUCCCAGUAUUUAGACUUCCCAAAUCCGCUACAGUUAGAGCAAUGGGGAUGUACCUUUCCGGGGCUCUCUAUGCGAUUGGUUUUUGGGUUCUUUUAGACGCUGCCCUUUACUCCAAACGGGUCAACGCCUCAUUAGUCCAUGUCACUUUCGUUGAUUGGGUUCCAGCAAUAUGUUCAUCUCUAGGUAUGCUGAUUAUUAACUCGAUUGAAAAGUCUGCAUUAUUGAACAAUGAUGCAUCAUUCAUGCAACCAUCAUCUACAACAACCUGGCAGGCCCGGGUGGUGCUGUUUAUCGGGUUCUCACUACUUGCCACAGGAAUUGCCGGUUCAUUUAUUGUACUUAUACUCAAGUUUUUGAUCAAAGGUUAUAAUACAUUUCCCACCUUGGGUAUGGGGGUCGCCAAUGUGGUAUCUAAUGCUAGCAUCAUGUUAAGUUGUAUAGUGUUAUGGGUGGUACAGAACUUUGAGGAUGACGACUACAAUUACUCAUUGGCCCUGUGA